CACAACUGGUAUUCCUGCAACUAGCAAGCACAUAUGAUUAGCAUAACCCUCUCAGUAAAGAACUAUAAUUUUCAUUGUAAAUAUCAACGCGUCGAGUUGUGUGUUAAAUAGAAAUCAUUUGUCGUGUCUUGUGAAAAAAAAAUUGUUUUUUGUAAAUUGCAUCGUAAUUCACAUCGAUUUCAAAUACUAUAAAAUCAUGUCAAAGAUAUUGAAGUCAAUUCCAAAAUUAUCAUCACCACGAAAGGCACCAUUUACCGUGUUCAUCGAAGGUAACAUUGGUGCUGGCAAGACAACUUUUCUGAAUCAUUUCAAAAAGUACGACGAUGUUCGUCUAUACACCGAACCAGUUGAAAAGUGGCGUAACGUUGAUGGCUUCAAUCUUUUGGAGCUACACUACAAAGAAAGUCACAAAUGGGCAUUUCCCUUCCAGACAUAUGUGACGCUGACGAUGUUGCAAACGCAUACAGAACAAACAAACAAACGAGUCAAACUAAUGGAACGAUCACUUUAUAGUGCUAGAUACUGUUUUGUCGAAGCAAUGCUGGCAAAUAAUACACUACACAAAGGAAUGUAUAAUAUCAUGCAAGAAUGGUAUAAUUAUAUUAACGAUAAUGUUCACAUUCAGGCUGAUUUAAUAGUGUAUUUGCAAACGACUCCCGAAGUUGUGUACGAACGUAUGAAAGUUCGUGGACGCAGCGAAGAAACUUCGGUUAGCUUGGAUUACUUGAAACAAUUGCACGAUUUGCAUGAAGACUGGCUCAUUCACGGACGCAAAUAUCGCCCAGCCCCGGUUUUGGUACUGAAUGCGGAUUUGGAUAUGGACAAAAUAUGCGAUGAAUACGUUCGUUCUGAAAAUAGUAUACUACGAUCGCAAAAUCAAUUUAUAUCGACCAAUUGAAAAAUGGCCCAAUUUCUGCGCUCAAUCAUAGCAGCAGGAAAAUAUCUCUGGGAUCGGAUCAAUUCAACAAAAUAAAUUGUAGAGUUUAGGCAUCACUCCACAUCUACUAUUCUUAUAAUUAUUGCUUUCUAUUUAGAGUUACCUCACAUUCAAUAAACACACUAUGUUUUUUCUUUCAAUUGGUAUAAUAAUGAAAAAUCCAUUCACAAAA